AUGAGAGCGUCACUUUCUAUACUACUAUUGCUUUUCACCACCACUGCUUCUAUAGCGAUGGAUAUGGAUAUGCAUGCAGACACAGAUAAUGAAAGAGAUCAUGAGGAUGUGCAAGGUACUAUUAUAGCUUCAAACAGUGCAAAAUCUUAUUCCUCGCCACCAUCAACUACGGUUGCUUCACUACAGCCAACUCCCCAUGUCAUGAAACAUCAACACGGUGUUCCUAUUUUGGAGACUCACCUAUUACCAGAAGAACGUCUCUUUUGGGAAAAUUACAAUAGUACCCACACUUAUUUCACGAUACCUUCACAACAUCGUCCUGCCUUGUAUAUUCACAUUGUCUUGGGUUUAAUUGCCAUCUUUAUCAUCUAUCCAAUUGGAAUGAUUUUCAAUAAUUUAGGGUUAACCAAGACUUAUCUUGUGACGUUAUUGGUUCAUUCUAUUACUAUGAUUUUAUCCAUGUUGAAUUACACCAUUUUUAUCAACUCCAUAUCUGAUAUUUAUCCUGGUAAUGCCUAUAAUUCAAUGAUUGGUAUUUUAUUUGUCACUACUAUAUUGCAAUUUGUUUUCGCUUUGAUUGCUAGUGUAACUCCAACAACAGAUGAUGGUACUACAUCUGCUACAGGUUCAUCAUCGACUGGUGCAAACGCAAAUGGCUCUUCAUAUUUCACUCUUCAUUCUCCACCAAUUGGGUGCUCUGAUGAAGAAGAUAUAGACGAACAACUGCUGGUGGAAUCUGCUCCAUUGAACUAUGAAAAAGUCUUUACACCACCAACAAAAUUACAAAAGUUUAAAACGUGGGUAGUACAAACUAAAUUCCAUCAUGUUUUCAACAUUAUAUUCAAUUUAUUACACUGGGGUAAUUUCUUUUACUACUUUGUUUUGAUUCCUACUGCAGUUGCUACAUUUUGCGUUUAUGGCCAAGACAAAUCAGUGUUUAACUUAUUAGCCCAUUUCAUUAAAGGUGGUGUAUUCUUUGCAUAUGGUAUUCUCACCUUGGCUAGAUACAGUGGUGCAUUCACCAACAAAGGAUGGGCUUGGAACCACAAAUUUGUUAAUGCCAAGAGGGGCAGUGUGCAUAACUUGUGGACAAGAUUCCAAAAUAGAGGUCUUUGGACUAUGGAAAUGAUUGAAAGUUCCUUGAUUUUAUUCUAUGGUUCUACCAAUAUCUUUUUAGAACAUUUAUCCAAUGCUGGCGGUGAAUGGUCACCCAAAGAUUUACAACAUGUAUCAAUUGCAUUCAUUUUCAUUGGCUGUGGAUUAUGUGGUGUAAUCACUGAAUUGAAAUUACAGGAUUGGCGAUUCGAUCAAGCAUUGGCAAAUUUACGCAAAAUGUCCACUAAUGGCCAUUCACGAAGCGAAGAAGAAACAGUAGCUACUUUUAUUGAUGCGCAAGACAUUGUCAAGGCCAGUCCUGGCUACAGUCCUAAUCCAUUUCCUAUUGUCACUAUUUAUUGGACGGGUAUUCUCAUGUCUAAACACCAACAGGCAUCGCAAUUAUCAACCGAUAUCCAUGUUCAAUGGGGUAAUUUAUUCGUCAUUGGCUGUGCAUUCCGGUUCUUUACUUAUGUUCUUUUCUUGUUAAAUGCAAGCAAGCCAAAGGAAUUGUCUAAACCAAGCAGACCCAUUACUGAGUUGGUUGUGGCUUUUAGUUUGUUGUGUGGUGGAUUAAUCUUUAUGGAAUCGACUGAUCCUGUCAUUUUAUCAUUUGAGUAUUAUGGAUUAACGGCAAUGUUUACCUUGAACUUGUCGUUGGGAUUCAUUACUUUGUUUAUGAGUUGGGUAAUGGUGCUUUUCGCCGUUAAGGAUUGGUUGAAAAAUAAAGUUGCGCCAAAAGAAGUGGUGUAA